AUGUCACUAGAUUAUGCGUCGGCACUCUCCGAGUACGAAAAUAAGGGUGUUUGUGGAAUUCCCGAAGUCCGCGAUCCCGACUACAUUUUCGAACAAAAGGUAUCCGUUCUGACCGAUCUUUUGCGUCACUCCUCAUACACCGUCGUCCACACUGGAGCAGGCCUGAGCACAGCCGCAGGAAUCCCUGAUUUUCGGGGACCUAAUGGUGUCUGGACCCUUGAAAAACAGGGUAAAAAACCGGCUUUCAGCAAACCGUUCACAGAGGCUCGACCCUCUGUUGGACACAUGGCUCUUGUGGCGCUGGAAAGAGCUGGAUACAUAAACUUUGUGAUUACACAGAACAUUGACGGCUUGCACCUUCGCUCGGGUUUUCCACGAAACCGUUUGUCCAUUCUCCAUGGCGAUGUGUUUAUGGAGAAGUGUGGCUCUUGUGGAGCUGUUUACAUACGCUCUACGAAAAUGGUACCAACAUUUGGUCUUAAACCGACUGGGGCAAGAUGCACGAAAAUGAAGACGCGCGUCCGGCCGUGUGGGGGGAAGUUGAGGGACUCUGUUCUCGACUGGGAGGAUGAAUUACCAGAACCCGACUACGCCAUCGCUGUUAAAGAGGCUCGGAGAGCUAACUUACAGCUCUGUAUAGGAACAUCGCUUCAAAUACACCCCGCAGCUGAUCUUCCCUUCACCUCAAAACAAGGUGCAGCCCCUCUCCCGUCUUCACGCAAACGCAGGCAUCCUGAUGAUCAAGUAAAGUUAUCAGAUAGUGACUCCCCUUCUCACCAUUCAAAACCCUCCACCUCGACCGGAUCCUGUCCUACCAGGGUGGUGAUAGUCAAUCUUCAGCCCACGAAGUUUGAUGCACGGGCCGACAUCUGCCUACGAGCCGAAAUUGAUCGUGUACUCACUCGUGUGUGCCAAAAUCUCGGUGUUGAAAUACCUAUUGUAGAGAACGAAGGUGGUGUUUUCAUUCCAAAGAUCGUCCUACGAUCGAAGCAUACAACAAAGUCAGAGCGUUUUCCCUGGAUCAUUCUCUCCCAUCCUGAGAAUAAAAUUUCGCCAUUCGCUUCUAACGAAAGCAACGACGGGAAGAAGGAGGAGGAAGACCAGACCGCAGUCAGUAAAAAGGACAAGGACGAGCCGCCGACCGAUAAUAAGCCGGUGAUCGAACUCCCACAGUAA